CAUGCAGGAGAACUAUGAGAAUGUGACCUCGCUGGGAUUUCUGAUUUCCAAACCUGACGUGAUCUCACAGCUGGAACAAGGUGAAGAGCCAUGGGUCCCAGAUAUCCAGGAGUCUGAGGAAAGCGGGAUCCUAAAAAGUACCCGUACAGCAGGUGACUGGAUGGUGAAUGAGAACGAGGAGGAGAAACCUUCACAGAAAGCUCCUAAACAAGUAGAGUUGCAUGGGAUACUAUUGGGAAGAUCCAUAGGAGAUGCUCCUGCACAGGGAGAAGCUGGUGGGAGUCAGCUUGGAUCAAAGGAGCAGAAGAAAAAGUACUCAGGGAAGGGACAGAGCAAAUCCACUCCCCAUGAGGGUUUUUCCAGAGACAUCCACAAAACCACAGUCCAGCAGACUGGAGAGAUGCAGAAAAUAUGCCAAUACUGCGGGAAAAUCUUCAGCUGCAACUCACACCUCACUAGACACCAGAGAACCCACACAGGGGAGAGACCCUAUGAAUGCCCCAUCUGCAGGAAAAGCUUCGGUCAGAGCUCGCACCUGAUUGUACAUGAGAGGAUCCACACGGGACAGAGACCCUUCAAGUGCGACGAAUGCGAGAAAAGCUUCAAUAGCAGCACGCGCCUUGUUGGACAUCAGAGACGCCAUAGGAAUAAAUUCUCUAAAUUCCCUCUGUUGGCUAGUGCAAAUACUGCAUUUCCCAGUUCCUUGAGUAUCCAGCUACCUCUCUCUGAGGUCAGGGGGCAGCUGCACAUGCCUCUGGUCUGCUCAGUGAAUCUCUGGCUCUGCCUCCAGUAGCAAACCCCAAGUAGAGGAGGAGAAGCCCCAAUCAGUUUUUCCCCAUUGCUGCACUGCCAGGUGCCAGCGAGGGUGGGGUAGAGGAAAGAAGAACCUAGCUCUCUUAGCAACUCCCCUCCCUGGACUUGGAUCUCUUUCCACUAACCAAUUCCUUGAACUAAGCCACCUUUCUCACACCAGAGACUUCUCUGCUGGGUCUUGGGCUGCCCCCUUCCCCCUUAUUGGAGCUAUUUCUGGUGGGGUGGGUGUCCUGUAGGCCCUUCCCUUGUAGACUUUGGGAGGAAACUAGGGAGUUCAAAUGCUGGGGACUAAGACUUCUAAACUUUUUAAGGUCAGAAGGGACCACCAUGAUCACCUAGUCUGACCUCCUGCAUGUUGCAGGCCACAGAACCAGUCUUCCAACAGUCCCCUAACCUCUGGCUGAGUUACUGCAGUCCUCAAAUCAUGCUUUAAAGACUUUCAAGUUACAGACACUACUGUUUACACUAGUUUAAAUCUGCAAGUGACCAGUACCCCAUACUUCAGAGGAAGGCAAAACCUUCCCAGGGUCUCUGCCAAUCUGGCCCGGGGAGAAAAUUCCUUUCUCACUCUAAGUAGGGCAAUCAGUUUGACCCUGACCAUGUGGAUAAGACCCACCCACCAGACACCUGAGGAAGAAUUCUCUAAGUCCAUCUUCCCCAUCUAGUGUCCUAUCAUCGGAUGUUGGAGAUACUUGCUGCUAGCAGUCACAGAUCGGUGACAUACCAUUGUAGGCAGCCUCAUCAUAGCAUCCCCUCCAUAAACUUAUCAAGCUCAGUCUUGAAGCCAGUUAGGUUUUUUACCCCCACUUGGAAGGCUGUUUGAGAACUUCACUCCUUUGGUGGUUAGAAGCCUUCAUCUAAUUAAUUUCAAGCCUAAAUUUGUUGAGGGCCAGUUUAUAUCUAUUUGUUCUUCUGUCCACAUUGGCACUUAACUCCUCUCGCUCCCUGGUGUUUAGUCCUCUGAUAUAUUUAUAGAGAGCAAUCAUAUCUCCCCUCAGCCUUCAUUGAGUUAGGCUAAACAAGCCAAGCUC